GGAAAGUACAUCAAAAAAAUAUGACUGGACUUUUUUUUUUUUUUUUUACAGCUUUCAAACGUGCAUUGCACGGCUUUACAGUGGUGGGGUUGACUCCUCCCCACCUGUUUGGUGGAUUCUUCACCUUUCUUGAUGGCUUGUAUUUAAUUACAGAAUAAAUGCCGAUUCUUCAAAAUCACCGCUCGGUGAUAUUGGGUGCAGACAAGUCAGAACGCCUACAGGGGUUGAUUUGACUAAUCUUAAGUCCAAUUGGAUCAAAUGUAGAAUUACUACAGUUUCUGCUUGGACAUCAACAAGUAGCAAGCAGCAGUUUAACAACAACAAAAAAAGCAGCCACACGUUGGAGGCCGUGGAUUGCAAGAUGUGCCUAAAGCACUUCCAUAUUAGGUUAAUUAUCACUCAUAAUAGCGAUGCCAUAGUUCACAAACUUGGUUGGUUUCUGGCUUUUCUCCAAACAAGAAAUAACCUCUCCAAAGCAGAAACCCCUAACAUAGUAGGCUCUGAGCCCAGCUAUGGCCUCAUUCGGGUUUUGAUUCCCAACACGAAGAACCUUCCCAGUUAAUCCUAGGUCACAGCCUCUCUUUCUUAUUCCAUAAUUCUGUGAGGCUCAGUUGUCAGUCUGGAACAUAAAAACACUUAGCAGUUGUUCCUCACAAGUCGUAGCCAGCAGCAGCAGUUAGGAUACAAGCACUCUUUUGUUAAAGACUCACCAGAAACCUGUUGAGCAAGGGCCUUGAUGGUAUGGCCUGACUUCAUCUUCGUCAGCGUCUGUUGACACUGUUUUUUUUAAGCUGUGCUUCACGGGAUCAUUACAUCAGCAAAAUAAAAUGACAGUUGUCCUUAAGAAAACAACUGGUGAUGGAGCAACUGCCAUCAUGGCCCAGUUGCCUACUUUAUACCGCACUGUUGACUUUGGUGAAAUCAAUCAAGAGACUGAAAGAUUGAAAAGAGGAAGAAUGAAUGGGAUUAUGCUGACUUUAAGAGGAGUUAGGUCACGGUUGACCUUUUGACACUGUAAAAUUGACUGAACUAAGGUCGAGCAAAGCCAGUUGAGCAGCUUGUCACAGUAGCUGAUAACCAAUAUAAUGAAAGCCAGCCGGACAACCUUUUACACCAGGAGUCCCCCACCUUUCUGAGCUCAAGGACCAGCUCGUGUUCUGUCAAACCCCUGACAGCCGGGGAAGUCAGGUGUCAUAGUAAUCUCCUGCUAUUAGAAUUUACUAAUGUAUAAAACAAAAAAAGCACUACAUCAAAUUAAAACCACAAAAUGAAUACAGCGGAACCUUUGUUAGCAUCAUUAAGCACUUCCAGAAGAUUCAACUCUAUCCAAAACGGGCUCCAGGUGCGUCAAUAUGUCCCAUAAGAAAUCAUGUAAAUCAAUCAAUCCAUUCCAGAAACACAUUUUUAUAGUUUUACAAUAAUUGAUUUUAUCCAGAAAAUUAUUCAAAAUAAAUAUAAAAACACAAUGAACGAAAGGGAUAACACCACCUUCCUGUUUUGCAAUGAGUUGUUUCUUCAAUUGAGUUCAAGUGAGGAAAAGCGGUAGAAAAUGAAUGAAUGAAUGAACCAAAAAACACACUAACUGGGGGCGGACGCCUACUGAGGUUUCUCUGCACUGGUUCACCAUUGGUACAAACCAUAGUGCGGUUUGACGCAAUGUGUUUUUACCAGAUUGGACAGGAAUGGCAACAGCAUCUUGUCAGCCAUUGUGGAAAGUUAUUGCCACUUCCACUUUAUGUUAUGUUCAUGUCAUAUUCAUCUGAAAGGACUAUCUUCUCCCAGCACACAACCAACGCAAAAGUGGUUUGGCUGAUUAGCACGGAUAAAACAAGCACCCAACUUUGAUCCUGUUGUGACUUUGGAGUAAAAUACAUGAAUAAAAUAAUCAUCCUUCUUUCCAGAAUUCAUAUGCAGUCACAUCAAAUCCAUUGUAGUCAUGUAUAAAACCAAUUGUUAGUUUUCUUUUGGGUACUUUUGGGUUUUACACAACUGCUCUUGCGGUUGCCGACUUAUUGUGUUUGAUCAUCGCUAACGUACGUAUUUCUUGAAUUGAUAACCUAAGUUUGUCAGUUACUGAAAAGAGCAGGAACAAUGGUUUGACUCCGCCCUGAGCAACCACGCCGUUGUUUCUUUGCCAGACUCAGGCUAUUUCCUGCCAAACUGGGAGCUGAGCUGCUGAUUAAAGUCAGUCGUUAUUUUAAUUUUACUUGCAGUUAAGAAGAAUUUUCACACACUAGAAAAUGUUUUGAUCAACCUAUUUGAUAAAUAAAUCAGCUAUCAUUUGAAUAUUUUCCAUCACAUGGAGAUGAAAUAUAAGGUUUGUUUUCACACACUCGUCCUCUCCUGGGUGUGACACUCAAUGGAGGUGAUGUCAUGACAAUGGUGGCAUCAACAGUGAGAUGGCCCCCCAGGGUAGGUUUCUCCUGAGAAACAACUACCUUCAGCGAGCUUCAGAGAAAAGAGUGACAUGCUGGCUGCGAUAAUCACCUGACGGAAAUUUCCCUCUUGAUGAAGUCUUCAUGUUUGUGCUAAAUUGGGAAGUGCUGAGGGAAUGAGUCCAAUGCCUUAUUUUGGGACUGGGUGACAUUUUUUCCUGAUUUUGUGAGAAGGAGGAAGCAGCAUGUUGUUCUUUCUGGAUCUUUUUUUUGAAGUGGAUACAAAUGAGAACCGAAGUGCAUAUUUGUCUGUCUGCGUUGCUGCUACAGUAUGGGAGGAAUGAAUUCUCAGUGCUGGAAGACAGGGCUGACCCUGCACAUUAUCUCUCUGAUGCUAUCUGCUCAUCAAGCCUGGCAGCCAACCUUGCGUUAGUGUUGAAGGCUUUUCCUGUUUGUGUUUGGCUGUGUCUUGCCCUCCUGUUAAGGGGUGUGUCCACUCCCAGUAACCCUACACCAGUAACACAUUGAGGUUACUGUAACUGGCUAAACAGCCUGGACCAGAGACGCAAGAAGUCAAACUCUUACUCGCAGCCACAUGUCGUAUGUUGGCUGUCUGGAUCAAGCCAGCACAUUCCGACACACUUCCACAAUAUGCAAGACAUCAAGGAUGGGAGAGGAGGACGGAAACAGGUGUGAGGAGUAGUUCUUCACGUAUGACAUGAGGGAGUGUCGGGACAUCCCCUAAGAGGGAGGAAGAGGUACACCUCCAGAGAGCCAGACGUCUUAAAUGAGCCAAUCAUGCUGUCUUCUUAGAAUUGGACCCCUCCCUUGUUCACCACCUGAGAGGGGAGAAACACAACUAUGCCUCAGAGACUCCGGGGCUUGAGAGCAACAACAAAGACCAAGCACACAAAACGCUUCGGACAGAUUUUGUUUUGAUGGAACUGAUUGAAGAGCAAGGACUUUGGAUGUGCGAGAUUGGACUUUAAGGACAUGAGUUUUAUGUGAAAUUCCAGAACCAGUUUUUUGUUAUUUACCCUCCAGACACCAUGCCUCUUCUUACUCUCAGCUUUUAACUGGAUACUACUGACAAAGGACAAUGAUGUCUUUGGAGGAUUUUGGAAGCAUUGCCAGCCUUGGGGCUGAAAGUGGGAUAUCGGACCACGGUGAAAGCCUCUCACUGAGCCAAAGCCAAGACCAGGAUCUGGACAGUCGGAGCCAAGGCCAGGAUGAGAUUGUUUUAGAUCGCCUUGCCUCUCUACCUUUGAACAUGUAUGAGCCCAGUGAUUUCAUUGGGAGGUUUUCCAAGAUCCAGUCCCGGUCCAGAAAGCGGACGAGGAUCCUCGUAGCCUCUCCGGUGGGAUUGAAGCCGCCCGUCCCGCCUGUCACUGGAACCUUGGGAGAGAGAAAAGGUCCCGUUAUCAUGGCGCCCGUCAAUGUGGACCCCGAGAGCAAGCCGGGCGAAUUCGUCCUAAAGAGCUUGUUCGCCAACUUCACCCUCCUCUCCGAGCGCAAGAUCCGCAUCAUCAUGGCGGAACCUCUGGAGAAGCCGCUCAACAAGUCUCUUCAGAGAGGAGAGGACCCACAGUUUGACCAGCUGAUCAGCGCCAUGAGCUCCCUGGCUGAGUACUGCCUGCCCUCCAUCCUCAGGACUCUGUUCGACUGGUACAAGAGACAGAACGGCUUGGAGGAUGAGUCGCACGAGUAUCGACCCAGGGCCAACACCAAGUCGAAAAACGAUGAGCAGCAGAAGGACUACUUACUGGAGCGGAGGGAUUUGGCCAUAGACUUCAUCUUCUCUCUUGUGCUCAUAGAAGUUUUGAAGCAGAUCCCCCUGCAUCCCCUCCUGGAUGGACUCAUCCAAGAAGUUAUUAACUUGGCCUUCAAGCACUUCAAAUAUAAGGAAGGGUACCUGGGACCAAACACUGGCAACAUGCACAUCGUGGCUGACCUCUAUGCUGAAGUGGUGGGAGUCGUGGCUCAGUCCAGGUUCCCGGCUGUGAGGAAGAAGUUCAUCUCCGAGCUAAAGGAACUGAGACAGAAGGAGCAGAGUCCUUACGUCCUCCAGUCCACCAUCAGCCUCAUCAUGGGCCUCAAGUUCUUCCGCAUCAAAAUGUACCCUGUAGAGGACUUUGAGGCCUCCUUCCAGUUUAUGCAGGAGUGUGCACAGUAUUUCCUGGAGGUGAAGGACAAAGACAUCAAACACUCUCUGGCCGGACUCUUUGUGGAAAUUCUCGUUCCUGUCGCCGCUACUGUGAAGAAUGAGGUGAACGUGCCGUGCCUGCGCAACUUUGUGGAGAGUUUGUACGACACCACGUUGGACCUGUCCUCCAGGAAGAAGCACUCCCUGGCCUUGUACCCCCUGGUGACGUGCCUGCUGUGUGUGAGCCAGAAGCAGCUCUUCCUUAGCCGCUGGCACAUUUUCCUCAACAACUGCCUGUCCAACCUCAAGAAUAAAGACCCCAAGAUGGCGCGUGUGGCUCUGGAGUCUCUCUACCGCCUCCUGUGGGUUUACAUGAUCCGAAUCAAGUGUGAAAGCAACACUGCAACACAAAGUCGCCUGACGUCCAUCACCUCCACUCUCUUCCCUAAAGGGAGUCGCAGCGUCGUCCCCAGAGAUAUGCCGCUUAAUAUCUUUGUCAAGAUUAUCCAGUUUAUUGCGCAGGAGAGGCUGGACUUUGCCAUGAAGGAGAUCAUAUUUGACCUGCUGAGUGUUGGCAAACCUGCCAAAGCCUUCAGCCUCAACCCAGAGCGCAUGAACAUAGGCCUGAGAGCCUUCCUGGUGAUUGCCGACGCUCUGCAGCAGAAAGACGGAGAACCUCCCAUGCCGAACACAGGAGCCACCCUACCCUCCGGGAACUCCCUGAAGAAGAAGAAAACCUACCUCAGCAAGACCCUUACAGAGGAGGAGGCUAAGCUUAUUGGCAUGUCCUUGUACUACUCACAGGUAAGGAAGGCCCUGGAUAACAUCCUCAGACACCUGGACAAGGAGGUGGGCCGCUGCAUGAUGCUCACCAGCGCCCAGAUGCUCAACAAAGAACCAGAGGACAUGAUCACAGGUGAAAGGAAACCAAAAAUCGACCUGUUCCGCACGUGUGUAGCUGCUAUUCCUCGCAUCCUCCCUGAUGGGAUGUCCAAACCUGAGCUCAUCGACCUCCUCUCACGACUCACAGUGCACAUGGACGACGAGCUCCGUCUCAUUUCCCAGAACUCACUUCAGAGCCUGUUACUGGAUUUCUCCGACUGGAGGGAAGACGUCCUCUUCGGUUACACGCAUUUCCUUUUACGUGAGGUCCAAGACACCCAGCAGGGCCUUCAAGAUGCAUCCGUCAAGCUCCUUCUGCAGCUCCUCACUCAGUGGAGGUUAGCGCUGCAGCUGCAGGGGAAGAUGCGAGGCGGUGUCGAGGUUUGUCAACAAGACCGGCCUAUUUUUUUCUAUGAAAUUUUGCAUUUUUCUUCCUUUUUCUUUCAUCUUCUCAUUCAGGCGAGCCCUAGAAUGUCUGAGAGAAGCCCGCACUGCUCUGUGCUUCAUGGUGUGGAGGGUCUUGCCUUGCUGCUCCUCUGCUCCUGUCAGAUCAGCACCAGGAAGCUGGCGGUGGGAGUACUCAGAGAGAUUCGCUGCCUUUUCACGGCGCUCGGACAUGCCGAGGAUGAUGACAAGCCCAUGAUAGAGGUCAUGGACCAGCUGAGUCCAGCAGUGAUGGACAGCUUUGUUCACGUGGCUGUAUCUGACUCGUCCACAUUACCCAUGAACCACCACGUGGACCUCCAGUGGUUAGUGGAGUGGACGGCUCGCCUGGUGAGCAGCUCCUACGACGUGAAGAGCCCCAGCCAUGUGUGGAUCUUUGCUCAGUGCUUGAAGGACCCGUGGGUGCUGUGCCUGCACAUCUUCCUACGGCAGGAGCACCUGCCCAAACACUGCCCUGUCGCCCUGGGAUACGCCUGGCCCUACGCCUUCACGCGGGUGCAGCUGCUCCUGCCCCUCGUCGACCCCAACAGCCCGGUGAACGCCAAGAAGACAAGCACAGCGAGUUCCAGUGACAAUUACAUGUCUCUAUGGAGGAACUACCUCAUCUUGUGUCUCGGGGUGGCAAAGCCCAGCAUCAUGUCGCCAGGACACCUCCGAGCUUCCACACCCGAGAUCAUGGCCACCACGCCAGACGGCAGCAUCACCUACGACAACAAGGUGAUAGGCACACCAUCAGUCGCCUGGCUUUUAAAGCAACUGGUCCCACUCAUGAGAGCAGAGAGUCUGGAGAUCACAGAGUCUCUGGUGUUGGGCUUUGGGUGUACAAACGCUCUGGUCUUCAGGGAGCUCAUGGAAGAACUCCACCCGCUCAUGAAGGAGGCCCUGGAACGUCGACCCGAGAACAAGAAGCGGAGGGAACGGAGAGAUCUACUCAGGCUGCAGCUGCUGAGGAUUUUUGAACUGUUGGCCAAUGCAGGAGUUAUCAGCGACAGCACCAAUGGGGCACUGGAGCGUGACUCAUUAGCAUUGGGGGCCUUGUUCCUCGAGUACGUGGACCUGACCCGGAUGCUCCUCGAGGCUGAAAACGAGAAGGAGAUGGAAGUCCUUAAAGACAUCAGAGCCCACUUCAGCGGCAUGGUGGCCAACCUCAUCCAGUGUGUGCCUGUGCACCACAGGCGCUUUCUUUUCCCCCAGCAGUCCCUUCGGCACCACCUCUUUAUCCUCUUCAGCCAAUGGGCCGGACCGUUCAGUGUCAUGUUCACGCCCCUCGACCGCUACAGCGACCGCAACCACCAGAUCACCCGAUAUCAGUACUGUGCUCUCAAGGCCAUGUCUGCCGUCCUGUGUUGCGGUCCUGUGUUUGACAACGUGGGGCUCUCCACUGACGGAUAUCUCUACAAGUGGCUGGACAACAUCUUGGCCUGCCACGACAAACGGGUACACCGUCUGGGAUGCGAGGUGGUCAUCCUGCUCUUGGAAUUGAACCCCGACCAGAGCAAUCUGUUCAACUGGGCCGUGGACCGCUGCUUCACUGGAUCCUACCAGCUAGCAUCCGGAUGCUUCAAGGCCAUCGCCACCGUUUGUGGUAACAGGAAUUACCCAUGUGACCUUGUUACCCUGCUAAAUCUGGUCCUGUUCAAGGCGUCAGACACCAGCAGGGAAAUCUAUGAAAUCUCCAUGCAGCUGAUGCAAGUGUUGGAAUCCAAACUGUGUGCAUACUCGAAACGGAUGGUUGAGCAAAAGCCUGGUAACAUUUUGUACGGGACACACGGGCCGUUGCCACCUCUCUACAGCGUCAACCUGUCCCAGCUCUCCAUCCAGCUGGCCAGCAUGUACCCAGAGCUCACUCUGCCUCUCUUCUCUGAGGUGAGCCAGCGAUUCCCUACCACCCACUCCAACGGCCGACAGAUCAUGCUGUCCUACCUGUUGCCAUGGCUCAGCAACAUCGAGCUGGUGGACACGGGACUCCUGCCUCCCGCCUCCAGCCCCUGCACCCCAGAGGAGGAGCCUCGGGGUCAUGCCCAGAGUCUAGGAGGUGUGACUCCCAGCCUCCGAGGCAAUGGCUGGGGCUCCCUGCAGGCCACCUCACUCGUGCUCAACAACCUCAUGUUCAUGACAGCCAAGUAUGGAGACGAGGUGUCAGGCCCGGAGAUUGAGAGUGCCUGGAACGCUCUGGUGUCCAAUGAGCGGUGGAGCAACAAUCUGAGGAUCACCCUACAGUUCCUCAUCAGCUUGUGUGGCGUCAGCAGUGACACCACGCUGCUGCCUUAUAUCAAGAAAGUGGUGAUAUACCUGUGUCGCAACAACACCAUCCAGACGAUGGAGGAGCUUCUUUUUGAGCUGCAGCAGACUGACCCGGUCAACCCAGUGGUGCUGCACUGCGACAACCCUCCCUUCUACCGCUUUGCUGCCAGCAACAAAGCGCCCACCUCGCAGACAGGCACCACCUCCAGUAGCAACACGGUGGUGGUCGGACAGGAAAACCUGGCAGACACGGAUGAGAACAAAAUGGUCAGAGAGAGCGAAGACCGCAGGGGCAGGGCGCACAACAGGCUGGAGUCUCGCUACAGCAACAGCUCAGGAGGGUCCUAUGAGGAUGAAAAGAACGACCCUCUCCCACCGUAUGCUGCCUGGCUUGUGAGUGUUUUGGAGACAAACCGCCCUCAGCCGCUGCCCAUGCCCAUCAACGGAGGCUGUUGGGCGCCUCUGGUGGACUACCUGCCGGAGACCAUCACACCCAGAGGACCCCUGCACAGGUGUAACAUUGCCGUCAUCUUCAUGACUGAAAUGGUGGUGGAUCACAGCGUGAGAGAAGAUUGGGCUUUACACCUUCCACUGUUGCUGCACGCCCUCUUUUUGGGACUGGACCACUACAGACCAGAGGUUUAUGAGCACAGCAAGCGCCUCCUCCUGCACCUCCUCAUUGCUCUUUCCUGUAACAACAACUUCCAGGUGAUCGCCUCCGUGUUGAUGUUGACCAGAGAGAUCAGCGACAACAAGACCCUCACCAUCAAGUCCAGUUACCACGGCGAUCAUCAGCAUUCCAAUGUACCAGACUUUCUGCAGGACUGGCAGGCGUCUCCGAUGGCUGACUCCGGACUUAGUUCCACCUCUAAUUCGUCCUCCGCCAGUCUCGGCGGUGGAAGCACUGCAGGCAGCGUGGGAAACCUGCCUCUUGUGACGCCUGAUGACCUGGAGGACCUCGAGGACACGCCCAACGAGACAGACGACAAGACGAACAAACUCAUUGAGUUUCUAUCCACCAGUGCCUGGAGUACUGUGUUAUUGUUGCUCAGAGCGUUUGGACCUCUGUGGGCGCAUGAGGACAUCACACCCAAGAAUCCCAACUCCAAGAGUACGGAGCAGCUCUCUAACUUCCUGCGCCACGUCAUCUUUGUCUUCAAGGAGUCCAAGUCAGACUUCCACCUGGAGCAGCAGCUCAGUGACGUGGCCUUGCAGACAGCGCUAUGCAGCUCCUCACGUCACUACGCCGGACGUUCAUUCCAAAUCUUCCGAGCUCUCAAGCAGCCGAUCAACAACCACGCCGUGUCCGACCUGGUGUCGCGCCUGGUUGAGGUGGUAGGCGAACACGGGGAUGAGGUGCAGGGCUACGUGAUGGAAGUGCUGCUCACACUGGAGUCGGUGGUGGUCAAUCUAGCAGAAUGUCUGAAAAACAGCGACCUCAUGGCAGCUCUAACCAGAACCUCAUCCCCUGACUUUGUGAUGAGUGAUAAGCUGAUGAACAGGAAGAGCACCGGCCAGUUGAACUUCCCCGGCCCGGGGUUUGUUGGCCUGUCGUCACAGCGACACCAGCGCUCCUACUCCGUCCCCAAGAAGUUUGGCGAGUGCGGCUAUCAGUCGAGCGACCCUCCUCGCAGCGCUACUCUUGAUCGCAUACAAGCUUGUAACAGUCACGGCCUCGCCCGGUUGGGAAGGAGCCCAGGGUCAUGCACAUCUUCGACCAAUCGCAUUGAUCCCAGUGUUCUGUCUGACCCCGCCCAUGUUUCCCACCCUUCGUCCAUCCUGGCCACCGUUUUCUGGGUGGCGGUAUCACUCAUGGAGUCCGACUUUGAGUUUGAGUAUCAGAUGUCGCUUCGCCUCGUUCACAAGCUCCUGUCCAAGGUACCUUUGGACCGAGCAGAGAACCGCGAGCGCCUGGAGAAGCUCCAAGCUCAGCUCAGGUGGAGCGGCUUCUCUGGCAUCCAGCAGCUUUUGCUGAAGGGCUUCACUUCCCAGUCGACAUCAGACCUCACCCUGCAGCUCUUCUGCCAGCUCACGCCGGUGUCCCGCGUGCCUGUGGUGGACAGCUCUCAGUCUCUAGGUUUCCCGCUCAAUGUGCUGUGUCUGCUGCCCCACCUGGUGCAGCACUUUGGACACCCUACACAGUUCUGUAAGGAGAGUGCAGAGCGGAUCGCGCAGGUGUGUUUGGUAGAGAAGAACACCAAGCUGUCCCACUUGGCCCACGUGAUGACCCUCUAUAAAACACGCUCCUAUACUCGAGACCCCUUCUCAUGGGUCAGCGUGGUUUGCCGCUACCUUCACGAGGCUUUCUCUGACAUCACACUCAACAUGGUCACCUACAUGGCGGAGCUGCUGGAUAAAGGGCUUCCCAGCAUGCAGCAGUCUCUCCUCCAGAUUAUCUACUGCCUGCUCAGCCAUAUGGACCUGAGCGCCGUGCAGGUGAAGCAGUUCAAUGCAGACGUCACAAAAACCAUUGAGAAGUUUGUCCAGACGGUCCACUGGAAGGACGCCUUGAACAUCUUGAAGCUGGUGGUGUCCCGCUCAGCUAGCCUGGUGCAUCCGGCGUACAGCCACGCCCAGGGUGAUCUUUCCAACUUGGAGGUCAGCAGAGUGUGGGACGGCUCAGCGAAGGCUCUACCUGGAAAAACCCUGGACUUCACCUUUGACAUCUCUGAGACCCCAGUGAUCGGGCGGCGGUUCGACGGUCUCCAGGGUUCGGGCAUUCGAGAGGGGAAGGCCCGAGCCAUGGCCGUGACACGCAGCACCUCAUCCACCUCAUCUGGAUCCAACUCCAACACUAUCUUGGUUCCUGUCAGCUGGAGGCGCCCGCAGUCCUCCCAGAAGCGGACCAGAGAGAAGCUGGUGAAUGUUCUGUCCCUAUGCGGACAGGAAGUUGGACUUACGAAGAACCCGUCUGUGAUCUUCUCAUCCUGCGGCGAUCUGGACAUGAUGGAGGUGCGUGAGAGUGGUGUGUCAUCGGAGGAGGGCGGAACCAGAGAGGACACUCUGGACGACACCGCAAGUGAGCAGCAGUUCCGGGUUUUCCGAGACUUUGACUUCCUGGAUGUGGAGCUGGAGGAUGGAGAGGGCGAGACCAUGGACAGCUUUAACUGGGGCGUGCGACGAAGAUCCCUGGACAGCACCGAGCUGGGCGACCUGCUGGAGGAAAGCCAGCAUUCGGGCAGCACACCGAGUCUGGGACACGAAGAUCCACACGACUCAGAGGAGUCCUCUGAGGAAGAGGAAUCUUCCACCAGCCAGAGCCUGUCACACUCACAGUUGACAAAUCCGUCUCCGUCAGAUGAGACCAACCACACUGACUCUCUGUCUACGUCUUAUGACACAUCUGCUGACCCUCAAUCUUUUAGUGCCACCACUCCAGGUCAAGGGGGGCUGCACGACCACCUCAGUGGCCUCCAUGCGAGGGCCUGUGGAGAUGACGACGACACGCAGGCUCAGGACGAUGAGCUGUCACUGAGCGCCAAUGAGCUCCCUCCUGGCUCGGACUGCGGCGAGAGCUUCACUCUGGAGUUGCCGGGGCAGUCUCAGGGUCGGACGCCCCAUCUGGAGCACAGGCUAGACCGCGACUACUGCCAGCCUCCGCUGGACUUUCUAGACCCAAACAGUCUGCCCAGUUUACGUGAUGAUGUUGAUGAUCUGGAGGACCUUGGCUUCCCACCGCCACCGUCUCCAUUUUUCUCUGCCAUCUUGGCAGCUUUCCAGCCAGCAGUGUGUGACGACGCUGAGGAGGCGUGGCGGUGUCAUAUCAACCAGCUGGUGACGGACUCUGAUGGCUCCUGUGCCGUCUACACCUUCCAAGUCUUCUCGUCCCUCUUCAGGAACAUCCAGGGUAAAUUCUGCACCCUGACAACUGAUGUGGCCUCCUACCUCGGGGAGGGCCUCAGGGGCAUCGGCUCCAAGUUCCUCAGGUCCUCACAGAUGCUCACCACAUGCUCAGACUGCCCCACCAUCUACAUUGACGCCGACACUAUCAUGUCUUACGGCCUCUUGGAGAAGAUGAAGUUCAGUGCGCUGGAACUGCAAGAAUAUCUGGACACCUACAAUACUCGAGAGGAGGCGGCUGUCACGUGGCUGCGGAACUGUAAGGACACGUUUCCCAGGUGCCCAGGCGACAGCGUGGUCACCUGCCAGCCUGGAGACUCCGAGGAGAAGCAAAUGGAGUCUCUUGCACAACUGGAGCUAUGUCAGAGGCUCUACAAGCUGCACUUCCAACUGCUCCUCCUCUUCCAGUCCUACUGCUCCCUCAUUGGCCAGGUUCACGCCAUCAGCUCUGUACCAGAGCUACUCAACAUGUCUCGGGAGCUGACCGACUUGAGGAGCAGCUUGCAGGCGGCGGAGGCGGCGGUGGCCAGUGACCUGGAGCACAAACACCUGGCCCACACUCAUGCCCACGCCGCCCAGCUCGCCGCCAUGGUCGUUCCCAGCUUCCCGUCCUCAGAGGCGGCGGUGAAGGCCGUACUGGAGUGCCUCAAGAACCACGAGUUCACCAAAGCUGUCCGCUACAUUCAAGAGUGCAGGCAGCGGUGGCCCCACGGCGUGUUUGGCGGCGGCUCAGAGAACGAAGUCCAUACGCUGCUCAAUGUCUACUUCCGCCACCAGACGCUAGGCCAGACUGGCACCAUUGCUCUGGUGGGGUCCCGCCAGGACCUCAGCCUGAUCUGCUCCAAGCUGCUGGAGCUCAACGGGGAGAUCCGCGACAUGAUCCGCCGCGCUCAGGGCUACCGUGUCGUCACCACCUACCUCCCCGACUCCAGCGCCUCCGGGACCAGCCUCUGACAGCAGCACCCCAGGAGCCCCCCGACCUCACCGCCUUUGCUGACUCCACCCCUGCCUCUGCAGACGAUUCACUCCAAGGCUCCUCACACUUGGCCGCGACCUCCUCCAUCUUGUCUCCUGCCCCGCCUUAUUCCCGCCUCCUGCCCAAUCCCUUUCUAGACCUUCCUCUUCCUUCAUCAUUGUCUUUUGCGUCUGAUUUCCCCGCCCCACCUGAGCUGUUCUCAUCAUCAAGGUGCCAUUUUGAUGCUGUGACAGUGCACCAUCCCUGCAGAGGACGUUCACCACGCAGCUCGCCAUUGACGCGUUCACACGGUGACAAAAGUGACACGCUGCCAACUGUAGCGUCAGAACCAAAUCUGCUCACUUUUUCCCAAAAGCCGCCCUCCACCCAUCAGGGCUCACACCUCCCGUACGCCCCCCAGACACCCUCGCACCACGGUGGCAUCGUCACUCGCAGCCCCGUCCCAUCCUCACACCUUCCGCCCCCGCCCCCUCCCUAUCCUACUAGCUCAAGAGAGGUCGCAACGUGGAGCUGCUGUUGCUCCCUAGGGGGUGCCACCACACCCCUGUCUCGCUACCUGGGCAAGGUGGGGCACGCCGCACUCCCCCUCCUGACAGGAGGUGGGCUCCUGAAUGCUGAACCCUCAGAUGUCCAGACCUGAGAAGAUCUGAAAUCAACUACUGCUCAUCCGAUUGCACUAAUGGACCUAAAGGAGAAAGUGUUACCUUACUGUGAGAGACGAUUGCUGGACUUAACUUAUUACGUCCGCCAUGACAGGACGUCCUUUGUGCAAUGUGUGACUCACCGGAACGCUCGACCCGACUGAAAGACAAGAAAAGCAAGCGCACAAGUUGUUCCUUGCGUUGUCCUUGAGGGCGUGGGUGGUCGCGAGAACUCUCUUGUCGUCUCUGUUGUAGCACCUUCUGGUGUCCCCCCACAGUCACGCCCCCAGCUGCCACUAGGGCGGUGCAUGUUUGUCUGUUGACACACAACCACUGUAGCAAAUUGUGUGUAUGUGAAGGGAAAUGCUGACAUUCAGCACUCAUAAAACAAAAACUACUGAUCGCCUCUCACCCUCACUUUUAUCACGCCAUGUGACCUGUGACCUGCAUGCAUCCUCAGUGUCCUGUAGGGAGUGUUGCAAAUAUUUAUUAUGAAAUCAUUUUAUCUGAAAGAUGAUGUUUGGAUGAGGUGCUGAAGUAGUUUCAAGCUCAUGCGGGUAUGUUUAGGUUUUUUUCUGUGUGGAAAGAAUGUGUGUGUGUGUGUGUGUGUGUGUGUGUGUGUGCAUGCCAAAACAAGAAAUUGCACAUUUUUAAAAAGCUUUUUAGAUGAAACGUGUAAGUUUUUUUCCACCUUGUAAAUACUUUUACAGCCUUUGUGACAUUGUUUUGAGUUCUGUCCAAGUUGGUGUCAGAGUAAAACUUUAGGCAAAA